AUGGGUAAGAAGAAGAAGAGAGCGACGGAGAAAGUAUGGUGUUAUUACUGCGACAGAGAGUUUGACGACGAGAAGAUUCUUGUACAACAUCAGAAAGCUAAGCACUUUAAGUGCCAUGUCUGUCAUAAGAAGCUUUCUACUGCUAGUGGAAUGGUGAUUCAUGUUCUUCAGGUUCAUAAAGAGAAUGUUACAAAGGUUCCUAACGCUAAAUCCGGUCGAGAUUCAACUGAUAUUGAAAUAUAUGGAAUGCAAGGAAUUCCUGCCGAUGUCUUAGCUGCUCACUACGGAGAAGAAGAGGAAGAGUCUCCAGCCAAAGUUGCAAAAGUUGAAAUUCCUUCUGCACCUCUCGGUGUUGCUGUUCCGAGGCCAUAUGGAAUGGUAUACCCACCUCAACAAGGGCCUGGUGCUGUGCGACCAAUGUAUUAUCCCGGUGCACCUAUGCGUCCUCCUGGUCCUGGAUGGCCUAUGCCUCCUCGUCCACAACAAUGGUAUCCGCAAAAUCCAGCGAUUUCUGUUCCUCCACCUGCCCAUUUAGGGUACCGACCACAACCACUUUUUCCGGUUCAAGGUAUGGGGAUGACUAUGCCAAUGUCAUCUCCUGUUGUACAACAACCUUCACCAGUCAGUGGAGUCACUCCUCCUGGGAUGCUUUCAUUGUCACCUACAAUGUCGGUUCCUCAACCUCUGUUUCCUGUUGUGAAUAGCAGCAUUCCUCCUCAAGCUUCAUCGUUUUCUGCUCCUCUGCCUGUUGGUGGGGCUCAGCAACUGUCUCCUGCUGAUGCAUUAGGAUCAGUAAAUUCAUUUCCGCCUAACAACUCUAUUCCAGUUGGUGGGUCUAAUUCGCAUUCGUAUGCCUCUGGUCCAAACACCAGUGGUCCUUCAAUUGGUCCACCUCCUGUAAUUGCAAAUAAAGCUCCUACUACUCAGCCUAACGAGGUCUACCUUGUAUGGGAUGAUGAAGCGAUGUCUAUGGAGGAAAGAAGAAUGUCCCUGCCGAAAUACAAGGUGCAUGAUGAAACGAGCCAGAUGAACUCGAUAAACGCAGCCAUAGACAGAAGAAUCUCAGAGAGUCGGCUCGCUGGGCGGAUGGCAUUUUAG